CCGGGAGGCCGAGCCCUGAGGCGGCGGCGGGGCCUCCCCUGAGGGCGCCGGUGCCCGCGGUUUCCCCGACAGGGCUGCGUUAGGCCUUGGGCCGGGCCGCCCGCCCUGCUGCCUCGGGAACAGAUAACGGCUCCGCUUCUCUCCUUUUCUUCAAGAACACGAUGCUUUUGGGAAAAGUUGUGCAGCCGGCGUGCCGCCUAAGCAAGCUGCCGCCGCCGGGCGCCCGCAGACCCUUCUGGGGAUGGCUGAAUGCCGUGUUCAACAAAGUGGACUAUGAACGUAUAGAAGCUGUUGGCCCUGACAGGGCGGCCUCCGAGUGGCUGUUGCGCUGCGGCGCGCUGGUGCGCUACCGAGGCUACCAGAAAUGGCAGCAGGACUACAACGGUCUCCCAACGGGGCCCUUGGGGAAAUACAAGAUUGAAGCGAUUAACGCCACCGAAUCCUGCAUCAUGUACAGAGGAUUUGACUAUCUAGAUGGUCUCGAACAUGUUACAGAAAUCAAGCUGCAAAAGUGUAUUUACAUACAGGACGCGUGUCUGCAGAGGCUCAGCGAGACGAAGAAUCUGCAGAAGAGUCUCCUCCAGCUGCGGAUCAUUUCCUGUGGGAACGUCACAGAUAAAGGCAUCAUCGCGCUUCACAGGCUGACGAACCUUGAAUAUUUGUAUCUGAGUGACCUUCCCGGAAUAAGAGAGAAGGAAACCACUGUGCGUGUCCUUCAGCAGGCACUGCCAAACCUGGAGCUGGAGCUGGAUCUAGAAUAAACACAACUGCACGUAACUGAGAUGUAUCUGAUUUCAUAUCAAGUUAAGUUGCAGACGCUACUGUAUUUCCAGGUAUGGAAAUAAGCCCAGAUAUCCCAAUCCAGCCUUAAAAGCUGGAUGCAAACUCGUAUACGAUUAAGUUUUAUUAAGCUUCAUCUAUAUGGUGAAUCAACAACAGAGAGAGGGUUGGCUUCUGUGCGUAGUCAUUUUUUCCCUGUUUUUAUAGGAAGCUGUUAAUACAUCAGAAGUUUUCAAAUAUCUUAUAGCACGGAAAUGCUUGUGCAAAGUGACAGCUGGAGGAGCCGGGGCUGUGACCCAGCGGUGCUGUACGCUUGUGUCACAUGUCAUCAAUGCUGCGGGAGCAAGAGCUGUUCGUGCUCCGAGGAUCUCGCCCAGUCAGUGGGUGAUGAUUUAAUAAAAUAACUUGUGGGCUUUGUUUCUGUUCUUCUUUCAGUGGAGCCAUCCGCAGGCAGCGUGAGCUCCCUCAGUGCUGAGCCGAGGAGCUGAGCGUCGCUCGGCUGGUGGAGCAGCCGGUCUCUUAAGACAGGCCCUUGCGCGUGUUUCUGCUGUACGCUGGCACGGGUUGAAUUAGUUCCGUGCACCGCUCUGGGUGUGGCUGUAUCACUCCUAAAUAAGAGUGAUUCAUCCUCAGGAAGAAUAUGGCAUUUUUAGUAAGGUUCCUAGCUUGGGGCGCAGGGGAGAGGAAGGCAGUAGGCAGCGGCUCCCUGAAAGAUUUUGGGGUAAUGCCUCGGAUGCGGCUACCGCUGCGUUACAGUCUCCUCUCCUGUCCCCGGUGGCUGGCUCAUCCUCUGCAGGAAGCGCCGCCGGGCACCGAAGGGAUAACGUAGCUGCGGCGUGGGGCUGAUUCUUCUUGAUAUUUUCUCACAGAGAGUGGGCAGGGAUGGUGUCCAGAAAUGGAAUUCCCUGCCUGGCUCCCUCUUGCGUCCAGAGCAGCAGCACCUACACAGCACUGGGGGCCUGAAAUGGCCCCUGGGCAAACGCCAAAGCUGUCAGAGAAACCAAAACUACCUACGGACUCUGUGCUGGGGAUGAAAUAUAUCCAAUUAUAACGGGAAAUAAAAGGUAGACAUGUGAGGAUAUGGCACCUGUCCUGCUGAAAUUGCUGUUGUUGAACACACAACAGCGCUGGGAAAAGAAAACGUUUCUGCUCUAGGGUUUAUGUUGAAAGAGGAUGUUACUUGCCCAGGAGGAAAACUUUAAAACACAUCCAGGAAAUUGGAAAAACAAGCUACGUUUCUUUUAUUCCAAAUCAACACAAUAUUAUAUCCUGAGAUUACACAAACCCCAAGAAUCAGUCUAAUACAUAUGCUUAGGUAGAAUUCCUGCCUGCGUCUGGCCAAUGUUAUAAAUUCUAUUAAUGACUUAUUUUUGAUAAAACCAAUUUUUGUAACACUACAGUCAAGUGACU